CCCGCCCCCGGCCCCCUCCUCCUCCCGCGCUGGAAUGGUACGUUCCGGUCCGCCUGGCCCGGCUGCAGUGGAUGUUGCUAGAACCCACGCGGAGGAGGGAAGAGACGCAGGCAGGCUGCGGUGACCCAAGCGGCCGCCCCUGCCUCAGGGACCCCUUCCCGGAGACACGGCACCAUGACCCAAGGAAAGAUCUCCGUGGCUAACAAAGCCCCCGGGACAGAGGGGCAGCAGCAGGCCAGUGGGGAGAAGAAGGAGACUCCAGCAGUGCCCUCAGCCCCGCCCUCCUAUGAGGAGGCCACCUCUGGGGAGGGGCUGAAGGCAGGGGCCUUCCCCCAACCCCCGUCAGCCGUGCCUCUCCAUCCCAGCUGGGCCUAUGUGGACCCUAGCAGCUCUAGUUAUGAGAAUGGUUUCCCCGCCGGAGACCAUGAGCUCUUCACCACCUUCAGCUGGGAUGACCAGAAAGUUCGCCGAGUCUUCAUCAGAAAGGUCUAUACAAUCUUGCUGAUCCAGCUGCUGGUGACCUUGGGUGUCGUGGCUCUUUUUACCUUCUGUGACCCCGUUAAGGACUACGUCCAGGCCAACCCAGGAUGGUACUGGGCAUCCUACGCUGUAUUCUUUGCGACCUAUCUGACCCUGGCCUGCUGUUCUGGACCUAGGAGGCAUUUCCCCUGGAACCUGAUUCUUCUGACCAUCUUUACCCUGUCCAUGGCCUACCUCACUGGGAUGUUGUCCAGCUACUACAACACCACAUCUGUGCUGCUGUGCCUGGGCAUCACGGCUCUCGUCUGCCUCUCUGUCACUGUCUUCAGCUUCCAGACUAAGUUCGACUUCACCUCCUGCCAAAGCGUGAUCUUCGUGCUGCUCAUGACUCUCUUCUUCAGUGGCCUCAUCCUGGCCGUCCUCCUGCCCUUCCAAUAUGUGCCCUGGCUCCACGCAGUGUAUGCCGUGCUGGGAGCAGGCGUGUUUACGUUGUUCCUGGCAUUCGACACCCAGUUGCUGAUGGGUAACCGACGCCACUCACUGAGCCCCGAGGAGUAUAUUUUUGGAGCCCUCAACAUUUACCUAGACAUCAUCUACAUCUUCACCUUCUUCCUGCAGCUUUUUGGCACCAACCGGGAAUGAGGAGCCCUUCCUUCCUUCCUUCCUUACAAGAGUGUCCCCCUUGCUGGUCCUCUGUCCCUCCCUGUACUCUCCUGCAAGCCCAGAUGUGAAACUAGCUGUCAGCCCAUCCUUUGGCCUCCCCUCAGCCCGAUGCUUGUCCUCACCCUCUGUAGCUUGUACCCCAGCAUUAGGGUCCCCACGGAACUGAGGUCACACCCUCCCCCUCUGUGCUGCUCCUUCCUCCCACUUACAUCUCCUGAAGUGGACAGUCAAGACUGGAGGCUCCUCUGGGUUUGAGGACCAAAGGGAUGAGUGGGAGGAGUCCAGCAGGAUUCCAGAGGUGGGAAAGAGAUCUCAGGACCGUAGCUGAAGUUUAUACCCCACCGAGGUUCCUCCUAAGGCUGCCCCAGCUGUGUGGGGUACACUGUC